CCAUGCGUUUCAGUAAGCAGGCACAUGUGUGGAGGAGCAGAGCUGAAGAUGGAGCCGCACACCUAUUAUGUGCUCGACACCUGUCACUGACCUGAAAUGAAGAUACUGCCAAACAUCUAGACAUUUGGACAACCUUUGUGAACAAUGCUGCAGUACAGCAUUCAUGUGUGGAUGUUAUGGUUGCUUUAUGCAGGCACUUUGUCAAGUGAGGACAUCAGUGGAUGUGAACUGCAGCCGUGCCAAAAUGGUGGCAUAUGUGAGAGCCACAGUGGGGGAUUCAAAUGCCUUUGCUCCCAGCAGAGACAAAAUGGACGCCUCUAUGGGGGUGAGAAUUGCACAGUUGCACUUUCAGGCUGUGAUGUCGACCAGUGUGAGAACGGAGGAGUUUGUUCUCCGUUACUUGUGAAUGACCAGCACACUUACACAUGUGUCUGCCUUGCUGGCUUCACAAGCCCAAAAUGCAAAACCCCCACUGUCUUUUCAUUUGAGUCCGAAGGCUACAUUUACAUAGAGACACAGCUUCGGUACCCAGAGGCUCCUCUUCGUGUCAAAUUCAGCUUCAAGACAGAGAGAACAGAUGGUACACUCAUGCAGCGCCGAGUGGAUGACCUGCUCCUCAGCAUCGAGCUGAAGGAUGGGCAUCUUGCCCUCCGCAGCCUGAAAGGUCAAGCCACAAGGACACUGGUUCAAGAACUCCCAGAGUACCUGUCAAACCAGAAGUGGCACACAGUAGAAGCAUCACUGGGCAGUGUGGUCAGCCACAUCAGGUUGCUCUGCACUGAAAGAGACUGUCCAAGAGACUCCAGUGUUGGAGUCCAGCUGCUGGACAGAACUUCUGCUCUCACCAAGCCAGGAAUAGUCCGUCAAAGCCUCUUCAUAGGAGCAGCGAGAGGUUUGGACAGAGCAGUGGAUGAAGCAGAGUACCCAUCUGCUUUUCUUGGCUGCUUCAGAGAUGUGUUUGUGGAUUCACAUCUGGUGUUACCAGAGCCAGAGAAUUCAGACACUCAGACAAACAUUACUGUGGGAUGCAGUGACAAAGACAAGUGUGAAAGCAGCCCUUGUCAGAACCGCGGACGCUGUGUCAGCCAGGGCUGGAGGAGCUAUACGUGUGAGUGCCACAGACCAUAUGAGGGACACGACUGUGCCGAGGAGUAUAUCACUGCAAGGUUUGGAAACAAAGACCAGGAGAGUUACGCCGUCUUCUCCUUGAAUGAGGACCCAGGUGAUGCCGUAAUCAUAUCCAUGUUCAUUCGCACCAGACAGUCCAGUGGCCUUCUCCUCAUCCUGGCCAACAGCACCAGUCAGUACCUCCGCUUGUGGUUAGAGGAAGGCAGGGUCAAAGUCCAGGUCAACAACUUUGAGAGCCUUGUUGGUCAGACGCCUAUCAGCGAUGGACACUUCCAUUUAUUGACUGUGAAGAUGGAAGGAAUAGCAGCCAACUUGUUCCAGUCGGCCCAAGACCAGGGCUCCAUGUCCAUCAGGCACACCAAAGCCCACUCUGGGGAUCUGGUUUUCGUUGGUGGGCUGCCAGAAUCAAGGGCCUCAGCUAAGUUUGGUGGCUACUUUAAGGGAUGUGUACAGGACCUGAGGAUUAACAGCAAACGGCUGCAGUUCUAUCCCAUACAAAGUCCAGUGGAAUCUCACAGCCUGGGAAAACUCAUCAGUGUCGCAAAAGGAUGCAGCAGUGACGACGCCUGUGCUGUCAAUCCCUGUCUCAAUGGGGGAGUGUGUUACUCCAUGUGGGAUGAUUUCAUCUGUAAUUGCCCCCCCAACACUGCAGGGCAGCGCUGUGAGAAGGUGAAAUGGUGCGAGCUGUCUCCCUGCCCCGCCAGUGCCGUUUGUCAGCCCCGCUCUCAGGGCUUUGAGUGUUUGUCUAAUGUGACAUUUCGGGAUGAAAGCAGUGUUCUGCACUACCGGAGCAACGGCAAGAUUAGCCGCAACCUUACCAGCCUGUCCCUGAGCGUCCGCACAAGACAGUCCACUGCCACCUUACUGCACGGACAACAGGGCUCAGCCUACCUCACCGUGUUCCUCCACAACUCUCAUUUGGUCACGGAGAUCAAGGCUGGGGAUGAAAAGGAUCCCUCCAAGGUGACAGUUCAAAGCCAAGGUGCCAUCAGUGAUGGAGUGUGGCACACAGUGGAGCUCAGCAUGGAGAGCAAGACACUACCAGCCUCCAGGUGGAUCAUGGAUGUGGACGGAAGCCAGAGGGAGCAAAGCAUGUCCAGAACAGCUACAGGAAACCUGGAUUUCCUCAGGGAGGGAGCAGACAUUUUUGUAGGUGGACGCAGUCUGGACACUAGAAUGAAACUGUCUGGUUGUCUGGGUUCUGUGGAGAUCGGAGGCCUUCUCCUUCCUUUCCACUCGGACAGAAGGUUGAACCUCCCCAGACCUCAGGAGGAGCAGUUUGUGAGGAUGAAUGGCAACGAUGCCCUGCAGCACAGCUGCUCGGGAUCCAGUGUGUGCGCACGCAACCCCUGUGAGAACCAGGGUGUGUGCGAGGAUCUCUUUGACCUGCAUCACUGCACAUGUCCCUCUGAGUGGACAGGGCCGCUGUGUCAACAUCCAAUAGACGCCUGUGUCUCAGGUCCGUGCAUCUACGGCAACUGUACCAAUUACCCGGGCGGAUUCAGGUGUGUGUGUGAGCCGGGCUACAGUGGUGAACAGUGUGAGGUUGAAGUCGACAUGUGUGAAAACAGCAAUUGCAGCAACGGUGCUACUUGCCUCAAAGGCGUCCAGACCUACUCAUGCCUCUGCCUUCAGAACAUGACCGGCCAAUACUGCAACGACAAAGUCCCUGAGAUCCCAUGGUACAUUGAGACAAAUCCACUUCCUCAGCUGCCUGUGUCUACAUGUAUGGGUACAAGAUGGAAAUACAGCUGCUAUAACGGAGGGAGCUGCUCAAAAUUCAACACCUGUCACUGCCUGCCGGGCUUCACAGGACAGUGGUGUGAGAAGGAUGUUGACGAAUGUGCCUCAGACCCAUGUAUGAACGGAGGCUUCUGUGUCAACUACGUGAACAGCUUUGAGUGUGUGUGUGACAUGAAUUAUUCGGGGGAUCAUUGCCAAAUAGACGUCAGCGACUUCUAUCUGUACCUCUUCUUAGGCCUGUGGCAGAACCUCUUCCAGCUGGUGUCCUACCUCGUCAUCCGCUUCGAUGAUGAGCCAGAAGUCGAUUGGGGAUUCUACAUUAAUGAUUAGGCCCCUCCUUGUCUAUUACUGCGCAGACAUCUAGAAGAGAUUAUUUGAUGAGUGGGAAAUGUCACAUUAUUGGCCACAGAGAGUUUGGUGACUCUCUGUGGCCAAUAAUGUUAUUACAACACACAACAUUGUUUGUUUUUUACAUUUAAGGUUCAUUUGCAGCAAACCUCAGAGAACAAUAUGUAUUCCAAAAAUGUACUGACAUGACCCAAGAACAAAAUCCUCACAAAAGCAAAAACAGAUCAUCAUGGCUACAGAUCAUCUAAAUUAAUUAAUUUGGUGAUUAAUAUUUUAUAUUGUAUAAUUUUUUAUA